UCCCGAUCGCGCAGACGUUUACUUAAAUGGCCGGCAUGUUUAUUUGAAAAAUAAUCUUAAAUCUACUUUCGUCAAGUAAACGUUCUCCGACAACAGAGAUGGUGAAACUAACAGCAGAAUUAAUUGAGCAGUCGGCCCAAUAUACAAACCCAGUUCGUGACAGAGAGUUAGAUUUGAGAGGUUAUAAGAUUCCAGUUAUUGAAAAUUUGGGAGCUACAUUGGAUCAGUUCGACACAGUUGACCUGUCAGACAAUGACAUCAGGAAGUUAGAUGGAUUUCCUUUGCUUCUGAGACUGAAAUCUGUAUUAUUGAAUAACAACCGAGUAGUAAGAAUUGGUGAUGACUUAAAUGAAUGUCUCCCCAACUUAGAAACACUGGUUCUCUCCAACAACAACAUGACAGAGUUGGGAGAUUUAGACCCACUCUCCAGUCUAAAGUCAUUACAACACCUCAGUUUACUUAGAAAUCCUGUGCAAUCAAAGAAACACUACAGAUUAUACAUCAUUCACAAGAUUCCUCAGUUACGUGUUUUAGACUUCCAGAGAAUCAGACAAAAGGAAAGAGAAGCAGCUGGCAAAAUGUUCAAAGGCAAGAAAGGACAGGCUCUUGCUUCAGAUAUUGGGAAGCGCAGUAAAACUUUUGUAGCCGGUGAGAAGAUUCCUGAGAAGAAAACAGGGCCGUCCAAGGAGGAUAUUGAUCUCAUCAAGAUGGCAAUAGCAAAAGCAAAAACGCUGAAUGAAGUGGAGAGACUAAACCAGAUGUUAAAGACAGGAAUUAUUCCAGGCAAAGAACUGAAAAAACUCCGAGGUGAACGAGUGGAGGAGGAAGAUGAAGAUAUGGAGGUGGUGAAUGGUACAUAGAGGUGAACAUGACUGCACAUCAAAUAUAUACAACAUAACAAACAUGGUGUUGGCAUGCAGAGAUGUGUUGCAUCUCCUCUGUACAACAUUCAUUGUUUUCAUUUGUGCUUCAUUGCACAUGGUUAUCUUAAAUUGAAACUUCUUUAUUUCACAUUUUUUAAUUCUCUUUCAGUUUCUUCUUCUUGAGAACACAAAAAAAUAUAUUUGAUGAAUUUUAAGAUUCCAUGUUGUGGUCUUGACAGCAUUGCAAUAGGUCUUGGCAUCCUUAAUGUUUGACUGAUAGGAAGAUCAUCACUAGAGGCAGUCAAUGCAGCUAAACCAACUCUGGCUGUAAUUAUGACAAAUGUUCAUGUGUACUAAUGGAAUAGAGCAAAAUUUUACUUACCCAUGAAAUGAAAUCAAAAACAUGUAUUUAGGGCAGAAAUGAUACACCCCCUUCACGAUACAUUACAUAUUGCAAUACUUAAGCCAUGAUUCAAUAUUUUCAAUACAAUACAUUUUAGAGAAGAAACCAAUAACAACUUUGAAGAAAAAUUUAAUUACAGUGAUUCACAGUCACAAUCUUAAAAGCAAAAUGUUUCCAAACCGCCAAACAAUAAGAUGCCUGUUGACUCUGUAGUUUAUGUCAGACUCGAGGCUAACAACAGUCUGACCAUUAUUGGAUGCCAUUUUGUCCCUCAUGCAUGUAAAAAAAAAAAAUGUACUGGUCAAGCCCCAUGUAUUUUAUCGAACCCGAUUUUAAAAAAACGUAUCAAACCGAAGAUCGAGGCAAUGAAUCAAACAUUGAAUUGAGCGUUUAUAUUGAACGGUAUUGAUAUUUCGGUGAAUUGUUUCAGUCCUACAUAUUUUCAUACAACCAAUGGAAAUUGAUGAAUUCAUUUUAUAUGUACGUUUGUGUUAGUUAAAGCAAUACAAGCUGUAACGGGCGGCAUAUUUUCAACUGUCCAAUUAUGCACCAAAUAACACCUAUCGGUAUAACUAAUAUACUCCCCAACAUCUGAAGAAAAAUUUGGCAAAAUAAACAAGGGAAUUUUGUUUGAGAGCAUACCUACAAUGAGCGUUUCGUAUAAACCGCCAUUGCGUUGUAUACACGGACAUGGGAACGAUGAUUGUCGAACAUAAUCGGAUUGCUGAGACCAAGAUCAUAUACAAAGACGGAAAGUGGCGUGAAUAACUACACAAUUCGUCUGUUUAAAAUAUCACAUCGUUUCAUGAAUGACAAGAAGUACUAUAAGUUUCAGAAAGUAAUAAUUACGCAAAUGUGCCACUCAAAUGAAAUUUUGAUAGUAAAUUUUCUAUAAACUUGGCAUGUUAAAUUGUUUACAAAUCUGACAUGUGCUCAGUGCCUCCCUUUCGCUUUUUCCCGAACUGAUGACAUCCGAGGUCGAUGCACAUGGGAGAUUACGAGAAGGAAUUACUGACAAGAUGACAAUGUUUCGCAAAGCGACAUUUUCUGCUGAUUUGAUGGGUUUAUUGCUUCAGAUUCACUCUGAUUUUAUUAAGUUAUAUAUAUUCAAUCACAAAUAUUUUAAAUAUUUGUUCUUUUAUUUUUCAGUUCAUUUAACGUCAGUUACAGCUUGUAUUGCUUUAAGUGUAUUUGAAUGUUGGUGUUGUUCAUUCCAACCUGAUUUUGUGUCAACAUAUUGAUUAUAGUCUCUUUCUGUCUAUUCUACUUCCAGGUAAAUAGAGAAAUUCACCGGGUCAACCCAUCAAUUCAUCAUUACUUAAAAUUUGUUUUUUAUUCACUUUGCCUUGAUUGGUCAGAUCAUGAACACUGAUAAGAACAGAACUACUACAAUUGUCAAUAGUCCAAUAAAGGCGAGGAAAGCUCUA